AUGGUCUAAAUAAUCAAUAUCAUAAUAGAAUAUGCCUUCUAAAUGAUGAUGAUAUCUCUUUCAAUCAAUUUAGUGACAAGCUAAAUAGGAGUGGAUCAUGGGGAAUUUAAAACAGAAUAAUCAAUUGAAUAUGAACUGAUUUUGAUAUUUGGAUGUAUGAAUAAUGAUGCAUAAUAUUUAAUAACUUGGGAUUAAGGUUCAAAAGAAAUUUAGAGCAGAAAGUAUUGUUAUUUGUAGAUGAUGUUAACUUAGAUUAAACAAGCUUAAAGAUUGUUACAAUUAGAUAAAAAUAAUAAUUAGGCUCAGAUACCUUUAAAAGCCAAAAGGCUGAAUGAUUUAGCGCUUGGCUAUUCAAGCAUAAUUAUUAAGACUCCAUUUUGCUUUAGUUUUUCUUUAUGUUUCUUAUUAAUCCUAUUUUUAAACAAGAAAAUGAAAAUAAUUUAUUUUGAAUUUAUAGCAGAAGUAAAUUUGUAUUAUCAAAGCAAAAGUGUACUUCAGAUAAUAGUGUAGAGUGAAUAAGAUUUUAUCAAUUUUUCAUAUCAAAAUUGUUUUACAAUUAUUAAUAAAAAAAUGGAGUUUCAUCAUUAGUAAAGGUAAGUAAUAUGA